UGCUGUUAAUCUGCAAUAGCUCACAGUCCAGAAUUGUACCUUGACCUUCAGGUGGUGCUGGGUAAUCCCGUUAGCCCCAAGCAGCCAUGGUGGAAAUCCCAGCAGACCUGUGCUGGCUGUGCCGCACUCUGGAUCUACGCCACCGGCAUGCAGAACCACCUGUAGACACACAGGAUGUUUAACUGGGUGGUGAAAGUGGGCCCCCAAUUCCCUGAAGUUCCCGGGACAAAUGGCAAUGCUAAGACCCCUGCUGCCUCUGGGAAGAGUGCUCCACAGAAAAACCUGGAGGAGAAUUCAGAGGACAGCCAGGGCCAGGCUGGAGUGUUAGGCUGGCUGUCUAAUGGGUUUGUCAGCACCCUGCCUCAACCGUCUGGCUCCCCUCAACCCAGCAGGGCCAACUCUGAAACCAGGUCAGGAGAGGAUGGAGAAAGGUCUGGAGUGAUUGGCUGGGUCACUCAUGGUCUGACCAAGGUGUUGCCUCAGCCUGAGGAGAAGUACAAAGAGACUUACGUUGAGGAAGUAACUGAGAUCUUUGAUGUGGAAAAAAUGCCAGAUUUUGAUCCCCUUCCACACAUCCCGGUGGUGGAGAUGGUGUCAGAUGAUGAGGGGGAGAAAGAAGAGCAUUCUGCAUUCCCUCCCAAUGUGGUGAACUGGAUAAAGCAUAUGGUCCCUCAGCCAGUUAUGCCGCAGCCCCCUGGUGCCGGACCCAUAGAACCAUCAACCAAGUCCUCCCACUCCUCUCUGGACAAACUUAUUUCUCCACCACCUGAAUCUCUCAGUGGAAUCUCACUGGAUACUGACGGCAAGGCCUCGGCUGUGGUUGGCUGGUUCGUGUCAGGACUGGGCCUGAAGCUGCCUCAGCCUGCCAUUCAACCCAAAGAUGAUGCUGAGGGUGCACCUGAAGUUCUACAGAAAGCUUCAUCCAAACUCAAACCUGACAUGGUACUAGAAGACGUGGACUCAGAAAACGAGGGCAAGCAGAACCUUAAAUAUCACUCCAAAGCUGGAGCACCAUCCCCAUCGCUGACUCCACCAGCACCGACAGCAAACCAACAGCAGAAAGCGAUGCAGCAGACACAGCCCAAUUCAGUGCAGUCUCAGGAGUGUGUUGACGCCAACUCAAAGCCAGAGCCAUCACAUGAGGGUGUGACAAAAUCUCAAGAAGAUGCUGAGACCCAGACAGGCCGCUGGACGCCAUUCAUUGAAAACAUCAAGAAGGAGGCUGAAGGUGUAGCUUUGGCUACCAUGGAGGAACGUCUGCUGCAGGAGCGCAUGGAGAUGGCACGUAUGGCUGAAGAGGUGGCCAGACAGACAGCUGAGAUGACCAUUAGACAGGCCUGUGAGGGACAGUCCAUCAGACUCUCACUGGGGAGUCAAGAACUGCUGGAGGAAGAGGAGCCUGAAACUGAGCUGCCAAUGCCACAAGAAGAGAAGAGCGACAGUGACCACAGUGAAGUCACAGAAAAGGAACAGAGCCUUGCUGAGGAGACUGAGGAACACACCAUUAAGGAACCAGAACCAAAGGAGGAAGCAGAGCCACAGCGGACCUCCCCCUCUCCACCUCCAAGUCCUGAACCAGUGAAGAUCUCUGAGUCUGACUCUGAAUCUGAACCAGAACCAGAACCAGAACCAGAACCAGAGACCAAGACCCAGAAAGCCAAAUCAGAAGCUGAGCCUGUUACCCAGCAGCCGCGGAAAGCAGAGGAAGGCGGUCAAAGCACCAACGCUGUCAACGCUGGUGAAAAAGAGGAAGAACCUACUGGGGACGGCUGCGGUGAGAGCUCUAGCCUCAGCCUUCGUCCAGCUGUCAAUGUAGAGGAUGUCGACUCAGAGCGUGAGAAGGGAGGGGCAGGAGGAGGAGGAGGAAGAAGAGGAGGAAGAGGGGAGGAACAGAGCAAUAUCCCCCAAAUUCUCACCACCCAGGACCCCAAACUUACCACUCUCACUGUCCCUGUGACCCCUUCCGUAGCUCGUCAAAGUAAAGGAGAUAAAGAUAGUGGAAGGAAUCGGCGGACUAUCUGGACAAACAUUAGGACCCUUCACUCUCAAAGUGAAGAAGAUGAUGACGAUGAAGGAAGCAUCCCUGUCAGAGCCUGGCCCAGCCAGUCCAGCCUGCACAGCUCAGAUGACAAACUGAAAGAACGUCCAGCAUCUUCAGCCAGUCAGACCAGUACAGUGGUCAACGAGCGUCUUCAGGAGCUGGUCAGGAUGUUUAAAGAAAGAACGGAGAAGGCGAAGGAGAAACUCGUAGACCUUGACAGCUCAGAUGAAGACAGCAUCAUCCCCUCUCCUCCCCAGGGUUUAGCUGCUCAGCCUGCUCCUGGAGCUCAGCCAGUGGACGAAGGAGAGAAGGAGGCACGAGCAGGUCCAUCAGGAGGAGGCGGAAGAGGAGGGGGGGGAGCAGAGAGUGGGGCAGAGGAGGAGCAGUCUAGCCGCCGCAGCAAGGUGAAAAAUCCUCGGUGGAUACAAGCUUGUAUGCACUACCGCUUCCCUGCCAGCAUCGACCCUUUCACCAACCUAAUGUACGUGCUGUGGAUGUUUUUGGUUACUCUGGCGUGGAACUGGAAUGCAUGGUUCAUCCCGGUGCGCUGGGCCUUCCCUUACCAGACUCCAGACAAUAUUUACUACUGGCUGCUCACUGACUACCUGUGUGACCUCAUUUACAUCCUGGACAUCACCAUCUUCCAGCCGCGUCUGCAGUUUAUUCGUGGUGGGGACGUAGUGUGUGACAGAAAAGAAAUGAGAAAGAAUUACAUGAAAACCAAACGCUUCAAAUUUGAUGUAGCCAGCAUUGUUCCCCUGGAGCUCUUCUAUUUUAAAACUGGCAUCAACCCUCUGCUUCGCUUACCCAGGCUGCUGAAGAUCAACUCCUUCUUUGAGUUCAACGAGCGUCUAGAGGCCAUCUUGACCAAAGCCUACGUCUACAGGGUGAUCCGCACCACCACCUAUCUUCUUUACUGUCUCCACUGUAAUGCCUGUCUAUACUACUGGGGCUCUGACAUGAUAGGAAUAGGAUCCACCAAGUGGGUGUACAAUGGAAAGGGCAACAGUUACAUUCGCUGUUUCUACUUUGCGGUGAAAACCCUGAUCACCAUUGGUGGUCUGCCAGAUCCCACCAGCCUGCCCGAAAUGAUCUUCCAACUCAUCAACUACUUUGUUGGAGUCUUUGCCUUCUCUAUCAUGAUUGGACAGAUGCGUGAUGUGGUUGGCGCAGCCACAGCAGGUCAGACCUACUACCGUACAUGUGUGGACAACACUAUCAAAUACAUGUCCUCUUAUCGCAUCCCUAAAGACGUGCAGAACCGUGUCAAAACCUGGUACAACUACACCUGGCAAUCACAGGGCAUGCUGGAUGAGCAAGAGCUGCUGACUCAGUUGCCAGAUAAAAUGCGCCUGGACAUUGCAGUAGACGUUAACUACUCCAUUGUCAGCAAAGUCCCACUUUUUCAGGGUUGUGACAGACAGAUGAUCUUUGACAUGCUGAAAAGCCUACGCUCUGUUGUCUACCUGCCUGGUGAUUAUGUCUGCAAAAAGGGCGAGGUGGGUCGGGAGAUGUACAUCAUAAAGGCGGGGGAGGUGCGGGUGGUUGGAGGACCGGAUGGGAAGACAGUGUUCGUCACUCUCAGAGCAGGGUCAGUCUUCGGAGAGAUCAGUUUGCUUGCAGUAGGUGGGGGUAACAGGCGCACAGCAAAUGUCAUCGCCCAUGGAUUUGCCAAUCUCUUCAUACUGGACAAGAAAGACCUCAAUGAGAUCCUGGUCCACUACCCCGAGUCCAAGAAACUGCUCCGCAAAAAGGCCAGGAAGAUGCUUACCAAGGGAAAGAAACCUGAGCCCAAAGAAGAGGCUAAGGAUCCCCCUAAAGUCCCGGCAGCCCGUGUUAGGCCUGAAACCCCCAAACUGCUGAGAGCAGCCCUGGAGAUGACUGAGAAAUCCUCUGGACUUAAAGGAGCUCUGGCUAAAGUCAAAGAGAAGACCAGCAAAUCCAGUGUCUCAUUACAGCCCUCCAUCUCCUCCACCCUGCCUCCUCCAUCUCCCACCUCCAGCGGCCCUGACAGAGACGUGGACACACCGUCAUCCAUCUCUGGCAGCCCUGCAACGUUUCGCUCUGCUUCCCGUUGCCGUAACAACAACAACAACAACAAUGACAACUUUGUGAUGCCUCAGUCUGUAUCACAGGGCCACAGUGACGCAGGAGACAGUGACGCAGGAGACAGUGACGCAGGAGAAAUGCUCGCCUUGGACCAAAGAGAGGAGGGUGUUAAUGAGGUUGAAGGGAACGAGGGUGGAAAGAGGGAGGAAAAGAAGUUGUGAUAAUUAUUUCAAGGACAAGGGAAGGACCAGAUCAUAAAAAAGUGAGAACUGGAACAGAAUGGUGGAAUUACAGAGAGAAGGGGUUGUAAAUGAACAUGUACAAAACUGUCAUGUCUUAAUGUCAGCCCAAUCUGCUAGUGGGAGUUGGGAUAGCUUCAUUGCAAAAAUAUCAAGGUAGGACUGUAUUCUGCUCUGACCUACUGUAUGACUCACCCAUUUUGCACGUACGUUACAGCCUUGUAGCCCACUUUUGUGUCAAAUAUCAAUGACAUAACAUUAGCUGUUAGGAUGAGCUGUGUUUUACAUCAGAACUUGUGUCACUCCAAUCUUCAGGGGUCAUAUUUCAGAAACUUCCUAUCGUAACUCUUGAAAUAAGAAGAGUCUUAGAUAGGAUUUUUCCCAAUUUGAUAUAACAGAAGCAUAUCCUUACUAACUUUAGGAGUCCUUUCUUAUCUUACUUCAUCCUAUCUGAUCUCAGGUUAGGAAAUCCUUAGUCUAUAUCAACGACGUUCAAUUUCCGGGAUUGUUCAGGUGCCGCCAGAAAUUCCACCAGAUAUCUUUAA